GCUGGAAUAAGAAAACCUAACAACGUAUACUAUACCUGUACACAAUGUGUAAAUUGCAAUUUAGUUUACUCGAGUGUUAUUAUAUUCAGUUCUGACUUUAUAAGCAUUUGCAUUGCGAAUAUUAUGACUUAUGAGUUUAAUUUUUCUAUCAUAGGAGUCGUACGUGUUAGUGUUGUCGGGAUGUUUGCAUUUUUACACACGAGACAUCUGAUUGAAUUGUUUUAUGACGCGCGAAAGAACAUGCCAAAGAAAUUGGUAAAAUGUUUUAAUAAUAAUAAUAUAGGGUCGAACGAUGCAUCUAUUCGAUGUAGGUCGUUGGUAAGCGUGAGUGAUAAAUCUAUCAACGCAUGUGUUCAAGUCAAUUUAGACCCGGCAGCUGUAUCUGGUAGUAUUGACAUUGAACAGUUUCAAAAAAUGAUAGAAAUAAAUCUGCAAUUGGAAAAUAGAUUGACCGAGUUGGAAGAAAUGAUUCGACGCGGUGAUGAAAACCAAAAGAUUCAAGAUCUUCAAGAUUUCAACAACAAGGUAGACACCAAAUUGUCAAAUUACCAACAAUCGUUGAAGGAAAAAAUUGACGAUGAAUUAAUGACCAUCGAUCAUGACGUUGAAAGUAUCAAAUGCUAUUAUGGAAUGUUGAAUACUAGUUUCCACGAGAUGGAAAAUAAAUUGAUUUCAUUAGAAAGUAACUCGGAGAAGCCGAUGCACAAAUAUAAUGAUAUUAAGACUAGGAUUGCAACCCUAGAAAGAGAAGUAAUGAAAAACACAUCACACAUCAUCGGUAUGAACUAUUCACAUCGUUCGUUGGAGUGGACUAGACCACAAUCCUUCGGGUCCGCUGGAAUGCUUCCUCCCGAUAACCGCUGUUACGGCGAACCAGCUGCAUUCGCUGCAGCUCCAUCUUAUUAUGAUAUGCCACCAAUGGCAAAACCCGGGCAGAGUGGAGCAGUUUUGCCUCCAUCGCCAACUGCACCCCCGACGGCAAGUGCAUUUGUGCCUCCACCACCACCUGCACUCCCGUCGACUAGUGUAUUUUGUCAACCACUGCCACCCGCAACACCGGCGCUGUUGUCUCAGAAUACUCCGAAAAAAUCGGAUUCAGACAAAUCAAGCUCUUCCUCGACAGCGAAAGUCGAGAAAGUGUAUGGGAGGAUCCCAAUAACCACUGAGAUCCUACAGUCUGUUCUUCUCAAGCCACCUGGCGAGAGGAAGAGAGUAAGCAAACCCUCGACAGCGAAAGUUGAGAAAGUGUCUGGAAGGAUCCCAAUAACCGCUGAGAUCCUAAAGUCUGUUGUUCUCAAGCCACCUGGCGAGAGGAUGAGAGUAAGCAAAUCCGUGAAGAUAAUAUAA